CCAGCAUCUACCUUUCAUGCAUUCUCACUUAGAGCUUUAAAGCCUGAGGAAAAAAAUCAUAAUUUCAAAAAUGAAAUUGGCAGUCAUCGCGAUUCUUUCUGCAAUUUGCGCUUCUUUGGUUCAUGCAGUACCCUACAAUACCUACUGUAAUGGAUUAAACGAGGUGUUCUCCACUUGUGGAUCGGCGUGUCCAGCCACCUGUGAUUCCUACCUGUACGGUGGAUACCCAGGAUGCGGUUCUGGAUGCCAGCGAGGUUGCUUCUGUCGGCCCGGGUAUGUUCGCAACACUGUUGGUGUAUGCAUCGAAGAGGUCCAGUGCACUAGAAGACGAACAUACUUGCAACAAUCGGUCGGUUACUAUCCAUUCGGCUACUAUGGAAAUGGUUGGGGCUAUUAAUGCAGUCUCGAUAAGCUAGCAGCUCGAAAUUUUGCGGUAACAGUUGUUGAUUCAAGAAUGGAAACAAAUGUUUCGUCUGCGAUGAUUGAUAAUUUGCAGUAAACAAUAGAUAAAUAAAUACUGAA